AUGGCUUCGACAAAUGAUAUUCGUGUAGUAGCUGCUAUUGAUUUCGGAACUACGUACUCGGGAUUUGCGUACGCACAUAGGAAAAGUCCCGAUGAAAUAUUUUGUCAAGAUUUUGAAGGAAGUUUCAAAACGCCCACCGUACUUAUAUACGAUGAGAGUUUUAAAGUAACCUCAUGGGGAUUUCCGGCGUUAUCAGAUCGAACAAUUCGAAAAUCGAAGUCGUCUUCAGUAGAACUAUUUAAAUUGCAUUUAGGAAGAAAUAUCGAAGAAAAACCAUUUUUGCCCGAAGGGUUGGAUUAUAAAAAAGCCAUUAUAGAUUAUCUACAUGAAAUUUGUAAAUUGUUGAAAGAAAAGCUGAAUAGCUAUAAGUUCCUGGAGUUUUUUAAUCAAGUCAUUAUCAUCUUGACGGUGCCUGCAGAAUUCGAUAAUAAGGCAUUAUCAAUCAUGAGAGAUUGCGCUUUUAAAGCUGGAUUAACGAAUGAAAAGAACAGUAGGAAUUUAAAGUUUAUUACGGAACCCGAAGCUGCUGCGAUUCAUUGUAUGAAGUUUCUAAGCGACAAUGGAAUAACGUCGGGAGAUUCGUUUAUGACAGUUGAUUGUGGUGGCGGUACAGUAGAUUUAACGACGCGACAACUUUUAUUUGACAACGCACUUGGUGAAGUAACCGAACGUACUGGAGAUUUUUGUGGUUCUAGCUAUGUUGAUCAAGAAUUCAUUAAAUUCCUUGAGAAAAAAGUUGGAAAGUCUGCAAUUGAUCUUUUAAAGAAGAAUUAUUAUCGUCAAUUGCAGUGUUUAAUCCAAGAAUUUUGCAAAAAUGUUAAAAUACCUUUCACAGGAUGUGAAAAAGAUUUUGAAUUUACCGAAAUAGAUCUUGGAGAUUAUUGUCCAGAAUUGAAACAAUAUUGUAAAGAUGAUGUCUUUAUGGAAAUAGAAGAAUUAGAACUUACAUUUGAUGAUGUUCGUACCAUGUUUGAUCCUAUUAUUACAAAAAUUGUCGAUUUAAUUAAAGGUCAAUUACAUGCAAAUAAUGAUAAAUGCUCAGCAAUUAUUAUGGUUGGUGGGUUCAGCGAAUCGAAAUAUUUACAAAGUAGGAUUAAAGACGAAUUCCUAGACUUUGUGCAAAAUAUUUCAUUUCCGUCUAAUCCAAUUACGGCAGUAAUUAAAGGGGCCGUUCAAUAUGGAAUGAAGGAACACGUAAUUACAAAUCGUGUUUUAAAAUGGACAUAUGGAACUGAGAUUGGCCGUAAAUGGGAAGCAGACGAUCCGAUAUCCAGAAAAUUACCAAAUGGUAUGAUAAAAGUAUUCCAUCCUUUAGCCAAGAAAGGAUCACAUCUUACAAGUACAGAUGAAGUGAAAACAGUAUUUAAACCUUAUUCUCUUUUUCAAACAAAAGUUUCAUUUAAUAUGUAUCAUACUUCAAAACUUGAUGCCAAAUAUUGUGAUGAAGAUGAUGUAAAAUUGCUUGAUAAUGAUUGGGAAAUUGAAAUACCCAGAUUAGAUGAUUUUGAUGAUCAAAUCAUUUCGCUCGCUUUAAAUUUUGGUAACAUAGAAAUUUUAGCCACAGCCGAAAACCAGAAAACUGGUAAAGAAUACAAGGUUAAAUUUAAUUGUGGAUAA